AUGAUGCGAGAUAAAUAUGACGUACUUACUGUGAAGAUUAGAAACAUUAUCAAAGAAUUGGUUUCUUACUGUCUCACAGCUGACAUAUGGACUAAUAUUCAAAUAACGACAAGUUAUUUGGGAUUGACUUUACACUAUUACAAAAAUGGAAAGAACAUGCAGUCCGUUACAAUCGGAGUACAAAUAUUGGAUGAGAGUUACACUGCUGGCUAUAUAAGUACCAUCAUUUUGGAAAUUAGUUGUCAGUGGGGCAUCGAAAUGGAUAAAAUAUCAGUUAUUGUGACUGACAAUGGUGAAAAUAUGGUUAAGGCAGCAAAAGACACGUUUGGUAAAGCUAAGCACCUUCCUUGUUUUGCACAUACUAUAAAUCUUCUGGCAUAUGAUGUACUUAGCACUCAUAAAGUUAACGGUACCAUAGUUGAUAAUGUCGAAGGGAUUUCAACACUUUUGAAUAAAAGAGGCAAGAGUGAAGGUACAGCUUUACGGUUAAUUCAAGACGUCAGCACGAGAUGGAACUCGACCUAUCUAUCCCUAAUACGAUUUCGUGAACUUAGCGAUGAAAUCGGCAUCACACUUUUAAAACAUUCUGCUUCUCCAAACAAGCUUACUGGAGCAGAGUUAAACAUAGUUAGAGUCAUUUGCGAAUUACUGGCACCACUGUAUCAGGUGAUAGAAGAAUUAUCAGCUGAGAAAGUGCCAACGGCAUCUAAAGUGAUACCAUUACUCAACCUCCUGCAAAUAAGAAUUUCUUCCGUUGAGAUUAGCGACGAAACAUCAAUGGUAAAAAAAAUGAAAGACCGUUUACUAUUACAAUUUGGCACAAGGUUCGGCCAAGUAGAGAAAGUUCGACCAUUAGCAUUAGCAACUUUGUUAGAUCCUAGAUUUAAAAAACUCCAUUUUAACAAGCUACUUGCAGUCGCAGAAUAUGAAGAUGAUCUGUGGGCCAUUCAUGACUCACUUGCAACUAAGAGCGCUGUUGUUCAAGAAGAAGAG